AUCUCCUUUAGGCUGCCGAGAAUCAACAAGAGCCGGGUGACAGCGGGUGCCUCUCCAAGUGUACACAGAUACCAAAAUAGGACCUCGGAGUCGGACGGCAGCCCACUAUCGCGCUGAGCGCAUGCUAAAUCGAGCGCUGAAUGUCGGAGCGGCUGGAAGGACGGACGCACGCUCGUUUGGACGUCAACAAACGCUAAUAUUUUGAAUGUCUCGACAGCAGAGGCGCGCAACAGCAUAUUUACAAAAGAAGUGCCAAUGUCAUCAAAGGGUCAAGAGAGCUACAUCUAUGAAUUCUGUGACGCAUCUCACGCCAACGAGCUCCUUGACGCGCUCAGGGAGUUCUACACGUGCGGACUAUUCACCGACAUAGCGCUGUCGUGCGCCGGCCAAGGAGGCUCCUCCCCAGGCCAAGUCUACCGCUGCCACAAGGCCGCGCUGUCGGCGCGCAGCUCCUACUUCCGCGUCAUGUUCACGGUGGACAUGCGGGAGCGCUCGGACGACGUCAUCCACCUGCCAGGCGUGGAGGCCGACAUCCUGGACGCGCUGGUCACCUACGUCUACACCUCCCGGGUGACCAUCACACAGGGCAACGUGCAGAGCCUUCUGGAAGCAGCCGACCUUCUGCAGUUCACGGCGGUCAAGAGGGCCUGCGAGGAGUUCCUCAUACGCCACCUGGACGUGGACAACUGCCUGGGCAUGCACUCCUUCGCGGAGCUGCACGUGUGCGAGGCUCUGGAGAGGGAGGCGCGCCGCGUGAUGCUCAGCCGCUUCCGGGAGCUCGUGCUGCAGGAGGAGUUUCUAGAGGCGGAGCUGGGGAAGCUCACCGUGGUCAUGGCAGCGGAGAACCUCAACGUGUGGCGGGAGGAGCUGCUGCUGGAGGCGGUGGUGCGGUGGGUGGCGCACGAGCCCGCCAGCCGGCUCCGACACACACAGGAGCUGCUCCGCUGCAUCCACCUGGAGCUGGACGAGACGCGGUUCGACCACCGCCACGACGCGCUCUCCAACAUCCCCCAGACGCCGCCACUGGCGCAGGAGAGGGCUUGGGAGCAACAGGGGGACGACAGCGGCGACGAGGAGAAACUGAGGGCCCUCAUCCUCCACUCCCUCAAGCCCAGCAAUAGCACUAGCACUAGCAGCAGCAGCAGCGGUAAGGAGCCCUCCCUGGGCUGCUGCAGUAAGAAGCUGGCCUCCAGCAUGUGCGUGGUGGGAGGCUACUACUGGCACCCGCUGUUCGAGGUGCACCUGUGGAACCCGGCGUCGGACACCUGGGUGCAGGGUAAGGACAUGCCGGACUACGGGCGGGAGAGCUACAGCGUGGCGCUGCUGGGGCCCCGCGUCUACGUGACGGGCGGCUACAGGACGGAGACCAUCGAGGCCCUGGACACCGUGUGGAUAUACGACGCGGACGGCGAUGAGUGGGCCGAGGGCUGCCCCAUGGUCACCGCCAGGUACUACCACUGCUCUGUGGCCAUGCGGGGCUGCGUCUACGCCGUGGGCGGGUACAGAGGCGGUGCUCCGGCGCGGGAGGCGGAGUUCUACGACCCCCUGAAGAAGGAGUGGUUCCCGGUCGCGGACAUGAUACAAGGAGUUGGAAAUGCCACCGCCUGUGUUCUGAACGACAGGAUCUAUGUGACAGGUGGUCACUAUGGCUACAGAGGGACAUGCACAUAUGAGAAGAUUCAGGUGUACAGGCCAGACACCAACCAAUGGAGCAUCGCUACCAUCUGUCCUCAUCCAGAGUAUGGCCUGUGCUCGGUCGCCAUGGAGAACAAGCUGUACCUGGUGGGGGGCCAGACGACGGUGACGGACUGCUGGGACCCCGAGAGGGACGAGUGGCGGCAGCUGGCGGCCAUGAAGGAGCGUCGCAUGGAGGGCGGCGCAACGGUCCUCAACGGCUGCAUCUACGUGACGGGCGGCUACUCCUACUCCAAGGGCACUUACCUGCAGAGCAUGGAGAAGUACGACCCCGAGAGCGACACCUGGGAGCUCGUGGGGUACCUGCCCUCGCCCACCAGGUCGCACGGCUGCGUCUGCUUCUACAGCAUCUAGACUAGUGGUUCUCAACCUUGUCUUUUUAAAAUAUAUAUUUUUGGGGCUUUUGGCCUUUAUUUGAGACAGGAGGGUGAAACUUCGGCUUUUUUCGCACACCUCAGCUGGCAGGUGCGUCGGAGAUGGCACCAUGGGUCACUCAGCAACAGUUUAAAGAAACUCCCGCACACUGACCAUUUCGCUGUUCUUUCUUUAAUAAACAAUGUUUCGGUGCUAGACAUUCAUCAGGCAAUCAGGAGGGUGAAGAAAUAGACAGUAAGUGAGUGGGGAGAGAGAGAGAUGGGGGAAGGGCUGCCAAAGGACCCAGGCCAGACUCGAAUCCGGGGUCAGCUACGUAGGCUAGCAGGCGAGUGCCCUGACGUCAGAGCCACAGUUGGGCCAGUUCUCAACUUUUUUUCUGAACAAAUGCCCUCUUGACCUCAUCACAAGCAUCCCAACGCCCCCUUGACCUCAUCAUAAACCUACCAACGCCCCCUUAGUAUUAAAAAAUGAAAUCUCAACAGUUUUCAACUGCAUCAAUGCAGACUUGAUAAUGUAUAGCACAGGGAGGAUAUGUGGAGAUUCUCGUUCAUCCAGGUCAUAUUAUCCAAGCGGGUUUAGUCAUAAACAACUGGAUCAGUUGCUUAUAAUAAGUAAACCCCUCGGAGAGCACAGGGCGUGUUUACUGUUGUGUUUUUAGAGUGUAUUGUAAACAUUUUUAGUUUAUUCUAGUAAUUUAUAGAAAAUUAUUUAUUAAUACUUGAUGUCUGAUGAAUGUGAUGUGUUUAAGGGAUGACUUAAGAUACAAGAUAUACAGUAUUUUUUACUAAGCUGCUUAAGGAGACAACCUUAACUGACGUCUGCAAUAGGUGGACUUCCAUCCUUCCUUGUUCACUUGCCUGCUUAUGACCUUAUGAUGACGUCACAGACGACAGAAAAUUAAUUCAAUAUCUUCAAAAAGCACACUUCUAAUGUCAUUUCCUCAUUUGCAAUUGGGAUGGUAAAUGAAGAACAGUCCCCCAAAAAUUGUUCUGGCUAGGCUGACGGUGGGGAAACUUUGUUUUUUCUCCAGGCGGGGUGUCAGCGAAAUGCGAGGCCAUAAGCACAAGUGGAGGACGGAAGUCUGAAUAUUGGAAUGCACCCUAUGAGUCUAGUUAUACAGCUCUGGGAAACGUAGCUCACUACUGCCACAUAGUGUUGAGAAAGGCACAGCACAUCAUUAUCAACUCCGGGUACUGAGGCUUUCAACUUGUACUGAAAAACUGAGUGUUAAAAUGUUAAUUUCCUUUGCCAAUCAAAAACAUGCCUUUUAGUUUGGGUGUACUUCUAAUGGAUUUUUAGAUUUUAAAAUGUAAUCCUAAGAUGUAAAACAUGCCUUGACUGCCUGAUUAGAAUGUAAUCAGUGAUGUCAAUUUUCACUGUGACAAAGGUGCUUAAAUAUUGGACAGUAUUAUGUAGACUUAAAAGAAAAAGUAUGGCACAUGAUGCUUUAUACAUCCACUUCACAUAGUGGACAGAACCAUUUCUAAAAUGGGCUGCAACACAAACCAAACAUGCACUGUAUUUUAUCCAUUUAAAUGUGUGUAAUGUUGUGAUGCCAUUGAAAUAUUCCAAUGUUUUAAACCUUGUAUAAGAGCCAGUAUGGUAUGUUUUCUAUUUCUUAAUGUUUACUUUUUCCAAUCAUAGAAAUAUAAAAAUUCAUUGAUCAUUGCUAGUGUACCUGAUUUUAAUAGAGUAAUGGUGUUGUUCUCCUGCUUCUAUUACUUAUGUUCCUUAAUGUGUCCAAGACCAAGCCCAAUGUCCAUCCAAUUGAUGAAGACGAGAAAUAUAUUAAUUUUCACAUUCAUUUUGCUUAUCCAAUUAUUACAAAAAUGAUUAAAAGCGGCUUCUGUUGCCAAGCCAAAUGCCGACCCACGUGUGACAUUCUGGUCACACAAUUUGAAUGAGUCAUUCCAGACCCAUGCAUGCUUUGCCCAUCAGGGGUGGAACUAUUGGGGUGGGGGGGGCAGGGCUCCCCUUGCAUUGGCGUUGGGGCCGGGCUCCCCUUGCAUUGGCGGUGGGGCCGGGCUCCCCUUGCAUUGGCGGUGGGGCCCUAUUCUGACCUUAGCAGGCUAUAUGGGGGGCCUUACGUAUCAGUGUCUUGCUCUGGGGCCCAGUGAGCUGCAAUUUGCCUUCCAUGUUGCCUACCCUCAGUGGCUACUCCGUGCAGAGGUGUAAUUUGGUCUGUGUCCCUGGAAUGUGUUGUGAGUGAGUGAUCACUUUUGUACUCUGUACUCUCUAGGCACAUCAGUUUACUACUCUGUCUGCAAUUCCUUUUUGGUCAGGAAUAUUGACAAAUAAAUAAAUGUUGUGGCACUGAACCUCAAAUGAAAAUGUGUUUAAAUAUUUGUUCUCAAACGUAUCACAAAGGCAUAAACCAAUUUAUUUUAUUAUAUAUAAUGCAUGUGUGCAUGGUCA